GCUGCAAAACCCUUCCUUAAACCCUAGGUCAUCAAAAAGCUCAUUCACAAUCUGCAAAUUUCUUCUUCAUCGUUUGUUUUAGGGUUGAGGUUGAGAUUCAGUUUCUCCUAUUGCUUCAAAUGGCGAAGCGUUUGGUUCCAUUGCUGAAUCGCGUUCUGAUCGAGAAGAUCGUGCCUCCUGCCAAAACCAAUUCCGGCAUUUUGCUUCCUGAGAAGUCCAGUAAGCUUAACUCUGGAAAAGUUAUCUCCAUUGGUCCUGGGGCUCGUGACAGAGAAGGAAAGAUUAUUCCUGUCACUGUAAAGGAAGGAGACACCGUCCUCCUACCAGAAUAUGGAGGAACUGAAGUCAAGCUUGGAGAAAAGCAGUUCUAUCUAUUCCGCGACGAAGAUCUAUUAGGAACACUCCAUGAAUGAUUGAUCACGUGAAAGUUGGAUUGUUUUUCGAAGUGAAUUAGAGAGCUACUUUCUGUUUUUAUUCAAGUGAGAUUCUUAAAACAUAUAAACAAAAUCUUAUGUGAAUUUUGGUCAUUUCUCACUGAACUUUUUACAGGAAUCUUUUAUGAUUAUUAGGCUGUUUCUACCCUUAUUAUCUCAGGUCUGUCCAGAGACAUAGAUUUGGGUGUGAGGAAAUUAGUUCGGGGUGCUUUUCUGAUUGAAAAGGCUGAACUCCUUAAUAUGUUGCACUUUGAGAUUGAAUCGAUUGAAAUAAUUUUCAAGCAAAUCAAUUGAUGCUAUUGGACCAAA